AUGAGCACCCCAAAUUCUCCUUCCCAUGGUGUUCACUCGGAUAUCACGCAUGCGUCUUGCCGGCAUGUUCUGAAGGAUAUCAUAAAAGAAGAUAAGAUGGCGCGGCUCAUGAGCUGUCGCUUUGUUGUUGUCAAUGUCUGGAGGCCAAUAAAGCCAAUUCAAAGGGAUCCUCUUGCAGUUUGUGAUUGGAGGUCUGUUGACCCAGCGUCGGACAUUUUUCCAGAUCGUAGGGUCAUUGCCGGGCAGGUUUUCGAAUUUGGGGUGCCAAUUUUCAACGAAAAACAUGAAUGGUAUUAUCUGAGUGACCAGCAGCCAGAUGAACCGCUCAUCUUCAAGCAGUUGAGUAGUGGUGUUGCCUCCAGCGUAACGUUGCUCCACUCUGCCUUUGUUGAUCCCAAGCAUGUCGAUAAUCCUCCGCGCGAAAGUAUUGAAAUGAAAUGUUUUGCGUUUUUCACCGAGCAGACCAAUUAA